CAUUUCCAUCGCGUAUUGUUGCGAGGCGCCAUGCUACUGCAGCAGCGUCUAGCGCCCAAACCGACAAGGUCGGGUUCGGACCGGCGUUUCAGACGUACACCCUUUCAGGGCAGUCGAUUGAGAGGGAAUGUGGCAUGUAACAGCUCUUCUUCCCCGGUCGGUGUCACGGAGGCCCCGGUGGAGACCUCAACCGCAGACCCCCAGCAGCCCCACCCUCGCUCCCACAUCCUGCCGCUGCUGCGCUCCCGCGGCCUGCUGGCGGAGGUGACCAACGAGGCGGAGCUGGCCGCUGCGGCCGGUGCGGGGCGGCUGGCGGUGUACUGCGGCUUCGACCCCACGGCGGACUCGCUGCACCUGGGGAACCUGCUGGGCAUCGUGGUGCUGUCAUGGUUCCAGAGGUGCGGCCACCAGCCGGUGGUGCUGCUGGGCGGUGCCACGGGGCGGGUGGGCGACCCCUCGGGCCGCAGUGCGGAGCGGCCCGUGCUGGAGGAGCAGCAGAUAGAGCGGAACGUGCAGGCCAUCGGCUCCCUGCUGCGCACCCUGCUGCAGCGCAACAGCCCGCCUGGCGCGCCGGCCGUGCGGGUGCUCAACAACCUGGACUGGUUCGGACCCAUGGGUCUGCUGACCUUCCUGCGGGAGGUGGGCAAGUUCGCGCGGGUGGGCAGCAUGAUGGCCAAGGACUCGGUCCGCACCCGCAUGGAGAGCGAGCAGGGCAUCAGCUUCACCGAGUUCACCUACCAGCUGCUGCAGGGGUACGACUUCGUGCACCUGUGCAGGGAACACGGGGUCAGGGUGCAGAUCGGCGGCAGCGACCAGUGGGGCAACAUCACCGCGGGGACGGACCUCAUACGCAAGCUGCUGGGAGGCGGGGGCGCAGCAGCGGGGUCAGGAGCAGCCGCUGCGGGGUCGGGAGAGGCGGCAGAGGGCAGCGCAGGGUCAGGGGCGGCGGAGGCGCCCAGCUGCUACGGACUUACCUUUCCGUUGCUGGUGGACAGCGAGGGUCGCAAAUUCGGCAAGUCCGUGGGUGGCGCCAUCUGGCUGUCCGCGGAGAAGCUCUCGCCCUACAAGUUCUACCAGUACCUCUUCCAGGUCUCCGACGCCGACGUGGUGAAGCUGCUCAAGAUGCUGACCUUCCUGCCGCUGGGGGAGGUGGAGGCGAUUGAGGCCGCCAUGCGGCAGCCCGGCUACCUGCCCAACACGGCGCAGCGGCGGCUGGCGGAGGAGGUGACGCGCUUCGUGCAUGGGGAGGAGGGGCUGGCGCAGGCUAUCAAGGCCACGGAGGCUCUGAAGCCCGGCGCCGCCACUCAGCUCGACGCGGCCACCCUAGAAACGGUGGCGGGUGACGCCCCUAGCGCUACGCUGACCCGCGGGCUGGUCGAGGGCGCCACCCUGGCAGACGUCCUAGUGGCCACCAAACUGCAGCCCAGCAAGAGCGCGGCGCGCAAGCUUAUUAAGGGCGGCGGCGUGUACCUGAACAACGCCAAAGUGGGUGAGGAGCUGUACGUGGUUCAGCCGACGGACCUGAUUGAGGGGCGGCUGCUUCUGCUGGCGGCCGGUAAGAAGAACAAGAUGCUGGUGCGCAUCGUGGACUGAUGAAGGGGACGGGUGUGGAGGAUAAUCAGAUUCCAAGGAUAUGGUUGCGGGGCUUAUGCUGAGUUGGCAGUAAUGGAUGCUUGCGAGUGCUCGUGUUGUCACGGGGUUAUGAGCUUAGCGUUCGUGUAAGUUUUGCGACUCGUUCGCGAAAGAUUGGUAACGAACCCUGGUGGCAAGGUUUUGUAAUAACUAUCCGGG